UCAAUGGCUUUCAUUCUCAUCUUUCACCUUCUCUUCAUCACAUCACAAUGGAUGAUCGCACUCUCAACUCCAAUUCAAGACCCUGAUUCAAUAGUCCAAGAAGUUCAAAGAAUGAUGAACAACAAUAGUACAAGACGGAAACUUAAUCACUUGUCAUGUAAUACCGGCAACCCGAUCGACGACUGCUGGCGGUGUGAUCCACAGUGGGAUCAAAACCGGCAACGGUUAGCCGACUGUGCCAUCGGGUUCGGCAAGAAUGCAAUUGGAGGCAGAGAUGGCAGAAUCUACACCGUCACCGAUCCGUCCGACGAUGAUCCGGUAGACCCUAAACCGGGCACUCUCCGAUACGGUGCAAUUCAGAACGAGCCCUUAUGGAUCAUAUUCAAACGUGACAUGGUUAUCAAGCUCAAAGAAGAGCUCAUAAUGAAUUCAUACAAAACCCUAGAUGGACGUGGCGCCAGUGUGCACAUUGCCGGGGGGCCAUGCAUAACAAUUCAGUACGUGACCAACGUGAUAGUGCAGGAUUGCAUGCAAGGUGGCAAUGCGUACGUGAGGGACUCGCCGGAGCAUUAUGGGUGGAGAACGACGUCGGACGGCGAUGGAAUCUCUAUAUUUGGAAGUAGUCAUGUUUGGGUGGAUCAUUGCUCGUUGUCAAAUUGCCAUGAUGGACUCAUUGAUGCAAUUCAUGGCUCAACAGCCAUCACCAUUUCUAACAAUUACAUGACACACCAUGACAAGGUUAUGUUGCUUGGUCAUAAGGAUUCUUUCUUGGCUGAUAAGAACAUGCAGGUUACUAUAGCUUUUAACCAUUUUGGAGAAGGUCUUGUUCAAAGAAUGCCAAGGUGUAGGCAUGGGUACUUUCAUGUGGUGAAUAAUGACUACACGCAUUGGGAGAUGUAUGCUAUAGGAGGGAGCGCGGGACCCACUAUUAAUAGCCAAGGGAACAGGUUCCUUGCUCCUAAUGGCAAGUACAACAAAGAGGUGACAAAACGUGAGGAUGCAUAUGAAGAAGAGUGGAAGAACUGGAAUUGGCGAUCGGAAGGCGACAUGAUGUUGAAUGGGGCUUUCUUCACGCCGUCCGGCGCCGGAGCAUCGGCGUCGACCUAUGCCAAGGCAUCAAGUUUGGGAGCUAGACCUUCUUCUUUGGUGAGCUCCAUCACUGUCUCCGCAGGGGCUCUUGCAUGCAAGAAGGGCUCACGUUGCUAAAUAAUUAAUAAUUAAUGACUAAUAAUUAGAAUUAGUAGUUAGUUAAGUUUGAUUUGAUAAUAAAAUGACUUAAUUAAGAUUGCACCAACCUCAGAUCCUGUUGUUGUUUUUGAGUUUUUGUAGGCAUCAACAUGUCAAGAAAGUGUUGUGGAUCUGAACUUUUUAUGU